AAUAUGCUAUAAGAGUUGAGGGUAAGAUGGACUUGGAUUCCGUAUCUAAUUAUGAUGAAGUGAGGAGUUCUAUCUUUGAAAAGGCUGAGCUUUUCGAUAAGUUUCUCAAUGGCUCAACCUUAGUGGAAUGCUAUUCAGCUGUUGCUUCUGUUGCCAACCGCUGGCUUGAUCUUCUUGAUGUAUGUCUUCCAAUAGACUUUGCUUCUUAUGCUAUUCUGCUGUCUUCUGUGAUCUUUGUAGAUAAUUUUUUCUUUAUUCCUUUUCCCACAGAAUCAAGGAAAGGAUAUUGCGGACGGUGAGUUGCUCGAUUAUAUAUCUGAAUCAAGUACCAUGAGUAAGUCUCUAGCAGACUACCAAAGUCAUCAUCGACAUUCACAAUAAGUUCAGUCAGAGAAAAUGAGGCUCUCAUGCAAUGAUCCCAAAGUGAAGAAUAGGAAGAAUGUCAAGAAAAAUGACAUUAUUGAGUUUUCAAUGACCUAAAAAUAAUGUAUAGAUAUUUUUUUUAUGAAAUGUGCUUCUUAAUAAGCAAUGAAUAUUGUAUAAUAUAUGUUUGUUUAUUUUUUUAUUAAAGUUAAAUAAUAUAUUUGA